CAGGCGACGACAACUCGCAAGCUUCCUUCUGAAGCAGACAACACCACGCUUCUAGGUAACCGAGUAGAAGAAGGCUAGCCAGCGCAAAGCAGUUGGCAACAAGAUGGCGCAGGUACCGGUGCAGUCUAUCCAUAGGGAUCCCCAGUUAUUCUACUGGAUUCUCUUCCCUAUCACCAUUGUCAUGAUUCUGACCGGUGUCCUCCGCCACUACGCGACCGUCCUGAUGGCCUCGGCCCCGAAGAAACAAGACCAGAAGGCGACGCGUGAGCAGCGCUCACUGCUCCACGGCAUCAAUGUGCGCGGCAACCACCACGUCCUCUCGAAGCCCUCGUUCACUGCCCGCCGCGACGCCCUGAUCACGGCCUACGAAUCGGGCGCGUACCUUAAGAACCCCGACAGCCGCGGCCAGCCGCCUCCGAACCCCAUGAGCGACCCCAAUGCAAUGGAGGGCAUGAUGGGCAUGAUGAAGAACCAGAUGGCCAUGGUCAUCCCAAACACGUUGAUCAUGAGCUGGAUCAAUGCUUUUUUUAGCGGUUAUGUGAUUAUGAAACUGCCAUUCCCGCUCACCAUUAAGUUCAAGAGCAUGCUACAAGCCGGUGUGGCGACUAGGGACAUGGACCCGCGGUGGAUGUCAAGCAUCAGCUGGUACUUUCUGUGCAUCUUUGGCCUGCAGCCCGUGUUCAAUUUCUUGCUCGGCAGUGACAACGCCGCCAGCCAAAUGGCGCAGCAGAUGAACCAGAUGGGUCCUCAGGGGGGAGCCCAGAUGUUCGGCCCUGGCGUCGACCCCAACAAGCAGUUUCUCGCCGAGGCGGAGAACCUCGCCGUCAUCGAGCACCAUUCCGUCUUGGACGGUGUCGAGCAGCGUCUUCUCGCGGGUAUCAAGGUGUAAUAUAUCAAGCCACAUAGAUCGCCGUGUAAUAUGCGACAUAUGUUUCGCUCCGUCAACCCAUCCCUCAUCACUCCCACCACAGACAGCAGCCAAGUCCCGGGCCACUCAUGGACCCAGUGAUGGUGUAUGGCGGCUUCGUGUUAAUUGGCGGCGCGGGGGCUUCCUCG